AUGCAGGAUGAUGUACAGGAAGAUGGAGGUCACACAAAAUACCAAGUACUCAAUAAUCGUAAUUGUGCAACGGUAGCACAGGCAGUAGAUGUAAUAGAUAGAUAUGAAGCUAUCAUUGGAGAUGGGUGCGAUAAGAAGCGAGCUGUACGUUUAGUAGUCGGACACACCACACCACCGGAAAAACAAACUGUAAACUUUGACAAAACAUUGAAGGAUUUGAUUGAACGAUUAGAAAAGCUGGAGUAUUUCCAUUAUGGUAUGGAACUUAAAAAUAUUACUUUGUUCGACAUGGUUGGGAAUUUCAAAAGAAAGACUGAAAAGAGCACAACACCCCAAGAUGUUAUGCUGAGAGCUGUCCAGCAGAUUUGUGAAGAGUUAGUUGGUGAUAUACAAAAUGUAAAUUCCUCCUUUAGAAGACGAGUUUCUGAUGAAACAUCCGAAAAGCGCCUAAAUCGCGAUGCACAUCAUGAUUGUGAGCGACCUGCCCAUGCCACAACUAAUCAAAGAUGUAAAGUUUGCAGAGAAAAAUACCUAAGAGCCAAAUCAACCAAUCCACAAGCCAACGCCAGUCAAUUACCAAAACGUCACAAAACCACAAUUUGGUGUAGAUAUUGUAAAGAGUUUCUUUGCGUUGGCAAAGUAGGAGACAACUGCUGGUAUGAUUGGCACAACAGAGUCCAAUACUGGAGAUAG